CCAUCGUCAUCAUCUUUUUCCCUUUCCGGGCCGAGAGCACAGACCGAGCAGAGGCGCACAGGGCAUCGCGAGGGGAAAUUCUCAAAGCUCAAAUCUUAAGCUUUAGCGAUCCAAAAAUUCCGUAAGUAACGCCUAAUUCAUCUAUACAUCGUGAUUUAUCGAUUUAGAUUUUUAAAACCAGUGUUCUGUUCAGGAAUUUAUUGAAUUCCCGAUAAACCAAAUUAGGGUUUCAGCGUAUCCGGAAGUCGGAUUGAGCUCAAAUUUCAUAUACGAGCUUCUUGCAGCGAGGUAAUCAAUCCUCUAAUUCUAAUCCUUGAAUUUCGGCAAUUAAUUAGGUCGGUGUCCAAAUCGCUGAAUUUAGCUCCGGCCAGGGUUUGAUGUGUUUCUAUCAAGAAUUUGAUCCGGAGCCUACUUAGGGUUUCAGAGUAUCCGGAAGCCGGAUUGAGCUCAAAUUUCAUAUACGAGCUUCUUGCAGCGAGGUAAUCAAUCCUCUAGUUCUAAUCCUUGAAUUUCGGCAAUUAAUUAGGUCGGUAUCCAAAUCGCUGAAUUUAGCUCUGGCUAGGGUUUGAUGUGUUUCUAUCAAGAAUUUGAUCCGGAGCCUAGAACUAAUAUUGACGGGGAUACUGCAGGGGAUAUUAGGACGGUCUCGGAUUUUAAUUCGGGGUUCAUUCGUGAAAUUGACGUUUUAGUACGGGAGGCUAGAACCGGUGUUUGAACGACCAGAACUAGUGAGGGAAUAGCACGGCAUACCGGGUUUGUCGUAUCAUGAUAAUUAUAUUGAUGCUUAGAAUUGACCUAGGUGAAUUAGAAUGACAUGAUUAGGGGUGUAUGGACUUUUAUGCUAUAUGAUGAACCAUGGAUUGUUGUAUGAUAUUAUUGACUUGCCCUAUCCGAUAUGGACCUUGUUUAUGUUGAUGAUUGCAUACAUGUUGCCAUUUGGGGCUUAAUCGUUGAUAUGAUUUCAUGGUUGUUCGAUCAGGUGUUUUGACAUGAUGUGAUAUUAUGGUUGUAUUUGGAUUCACAAGUGGGGGAAAUAAACUUCCCAGGGUGAUAUUAUGAUGUUUAAGGAGGAUGACUUGUACGAGGGUUUAUCCCGAGGAAGUGCAAUUAUACGACUCCUGAUUUACCUAUGUUGAGCCAAUUAUGGCCAGGUCAAGUUCAUGUGCAAGUAACGAAUUAUGAUUAAGCAAGAUGAGAUAUGGAUCAUGUGUAAGAUUACCAAAUAAGAGUGAUUUGGUCUCAUGGUCAAUUACAUAGUAAUUAGGGCUCCCCAUGCUAUUACUCCGUUAUGAUAUGUUAUGUCACACCCCUGAUGUGGUGUUGACCGUUGAUUCAUCAUGAGAUAUGACCACACCCAGAGUGGUGUUGAGUCCGAUAUGACCACACCCAGAGUGGUGUCAGGUCCGAUAUGACUACACCGGCAGUGGUGGGUUCGAUAUGACCACAUCCACGAGAUGUUUGGUCCAUAUUCCUGGGAGAGUAAUUAGCAUGGGAGUAGCCAGGCGCCUAUGAUUAAAACAUGAUAAGAUGCAUAUGCAUAAGUUAAGGUGGUUGAGUCUUUUGCCUAUUGGGAUAUGAGGAUGGCUGAGGUCCAAUCCUAGUGUUUUGGCUUGAUUGUUAGAUGUGUGAUAGGGGUAUACUCUGUUAUGAACUCACGAUGCUAUGAUUAUCUCACUCAGCUAUGAGCUGACCCUCUUUUAUUCUUCUUCUCUGCUUAUGCUAUGUGUAAGCAGAUCAUCAUCAGCAGCAGUAGAUAGGUGUAUAGGUGGAAGCUGAGCAAGAGUUGAAGGCAAGAUGAGGUAUGGUCUUCAACUAUUCUGUGCUUGGACUACUACUCGGGAUUUUGGCCAGUGAUCCACACCUUUUUGUAAAAAUGUUUUGAGAACGUUUUUCAUGUGCAUACUAGCUUCUGAUGUAGUAUGAGAUAUCCACAGGUGUGGAAAGUUGAUAUGUAUAUAUUUGUAUGGUUGUGUAAGUUGUGACGACUAUGACAUGUAUUAGUAAGGUAUGUAGUUGCGGAGUAUGAAACUGUGAUUAUGGCGAUGAAAAGCCAAUGCAUAUGGUUGUGAGUAUAUAUGUUUGUGAUGAAUUAUUUUGCAGGAUAAGUUGCAAGAACUGUUAGCCCAUUACGCGAGUAAUUCAUGUCGAAAUUUUAUUUGGGUAAAUUUUGAUAAUUAAUGUAACACCCGAGAUUAAUUUCGCUGCAAUUGUAUGAACAAUAUGAUUAGGCAAAACGUAUAGGGUAGGGUGUUACAGGCAGUAUCACUCUCUACUGUUGAAGCAGAAUAUAUGGCUGUUGGGAGUUGCUGUGCUCAAAUAAUGUGGAUGAAAGCACAAUUAUCAGACUAUGGCUUCAAAUUAAAAGAAAUCCAAGUGUGUUGUGACAAUACUAGUGCAAUAAGUAUUAAAAAAAAUCCAGUUCGACACUCAAGCACAAAGCACAUUGAAAUAAAGUAUCAUUUCAUGAGAGAACUUGUGCAAGCUGUUCAUAUUGAAUAACAAUUUGUGGCAAUUGAAUAUCAGUUGGCUGAUCUGCUAACAAAACCCUUGGCUAGUGAGCGCUUUCUUCAGCUCUGCACAUAAUUAGGCUUAAAAUCCUUAAGUCAGAUUACAAAUCUUCAAAGCUAAGUACCUCAUUGGGUUUCUAUCUUGCAUGCAUUGGUUCAGCAAAUCAUGAUUGUGAAUAUAUCAACCGAAAAUAAAAAUAAUCAAGAUGAUUGGUUCUUUACUUCUUAGUACUUUUUGCGUGUCUUGGUUUAACAAAAUAGACGCUCUUUUUCGGCUCAUGCCUGCCUCGACUAAUACGUGCAUGCCUUUUCUUAAUCAUUGUCCUUUUUAUCUUUGCCUGCGGGAAACUCUUCCUCUUCUCCUCUCUUUCACUUUUCUUCUCUAUUUAAGCUCCAUUAUCCAUCUCCCCUCUUUACAUUGCUCUACUCAAAACCAAAUCUUUCUUACCAAACACCGAGAGAAAACGCGAAAUAUCAGCCUCUGAAAACAUGAGUGAUCAUCUCCCACGCCCUCGCUUUGAUGGUCUAGUCCACACAUACUCUAGAUAUAUGUUCCAUGAGCCAUUAGUGGUCAACCAUCAUCGCUAUCUGCAUCAUUUUGACAAAAGAAGGCUGCAUCAUAUCACCCAACUCGAUCCUUACGAGUUCCACCUCUACAAGUAUGAUAUCAUCUCUCUUAUUGAGGGUCUCGACUGGGAUUUCCUUCUUCGCCAGCCAGAAUUCAAGGUUGAAGUGGAAUAUGGGAACUUCUCUACUAAGCCAACUGGGGGGUCAGAUGUCCCUAUCCCAGUGUCUUGGCUGCCUCCCCGACUGAGGAUAUUUCAUCAUAUUCUCACUCAUGUUCACUUCCCACAAUCCUUCAAUCAGGAUCGAGUUCUCCGCAUGGAUCUGUGGAUCAUUGCCAGUGCAACUGCAAGACGCAAGCUGGAUUACUCAAGCAUAGUGUUUGGCCAACUCCUUCCUGUUGGAGAUGAAAACUAUAGAGGGAUGGUGCCAUUUGGGUCCCUAAUCACUCGUUUACUGAUCAACCUCGGGGUAGAUCUUUCUGAGUUUCGUAGCAUUUCCUCUACCAUGUACAUCAGUGCACUAAAUGUACUGAUGGUGCUGGAUUUACCCACUGAAAUUUAUCCUCCUCCUCGUCCUUCUGCCUCUCUUCUCGGACCUCCUCCUAAGCCCUCUGCAGUCAAAAAGACAAAGUCAGUGGGAGAACCCAGCAAGACUGGAGAUCUGGUCUUCACCAUCUCUGAAGGAGAUUCUUCCUCUGAUGACUCUGCUACUACAACUCCUGCCUCCUCUCCUGCCUCUUAAUCUCCUGUCUGUCAUUCAGUUUUUAUGUUAUCCUGUUGGUAGGAUAUGUGCUUCUAGUUAGGGGGAAUCUAGUUAGGAUUCUAUUUUGGGGAUUCUGUUCAGAGGGAAUUCUGCUCAGGACUCAGGGAUCCUGUUAUUUUGUAUUGUUGUCCUUAUCAGGACAUGCCAUCUGCUGUACCCCUUUUUCUUAAUCAAUGAACUGCAUAUUUCCCUCGAGACUCUUGUACUGCUGUGCCUUUUUGUUCUGUCUUGCAAGGACUUCUCGGACGAAGGGGGAAAUUGUUGGCCCUGAAACGACGCGCUAUCCAUCAAAACGGAGCACUUCACAACGAUGUCGUUUCACGAACCUCGCAACGAUGUUGUUUUGCUACAUCGUCCAUCGAAGUCAAGAGAUCACUUCAAGAGAGGACUCCUCGAUUGAUGAUCUCCCUGUUUCCUUCUCUCAAUCGUCCUCUCUCAGCAGAAGCUUCAGCUUUCUCGAGCCUGCUCCACCUAGCACCGUCUCUAUGAUGAUGCAUGAUGAAGACUAUGGAAGGCUCAUGAUUACACUAUAAAUUGUAAGCCUUCUGCUCAGUAGCAAUUUGGCAGUCUGUAGUGAGAGCUUUUGGGUCUUAAAACUCUUUUACUUUGGGUCCAUGAAUGUAUUUGCUUCAGUAGAUUGAAUCACAGUGUAUGGGAGUGUACUGGUUGAUUCGAAUCUUGGGAAGUAGGAGUGUUGAGUGUUGUUUUUCUCAAAGGUUCAAGUCACUUCGCUUGGCUAGGGUUCACUGUGUAGUCUAAAUUCUAUUUGCAAAUCAAUAAAAUUAUUUCUCUUUUCUUUACAAGAAAUCAUCCAAGAAAGGAUACACUCAAAAUCUCCUGUUGAGUGCAUCUCAUAUUUUGAGUUUUCACCAACUCCUUCCCCAUUUCAAUUCUUUUCCAUCCCAGAUCAAUCCCUAAGAACAAGAUCAACCAAUCUUGUUUCUAACAAUAUGGUUGUUUUUCACUUGCUUCUAAAUUCUACCUUAGCCCACAAUAUGCCUAACUUUAGAACAUAACAUUAUUUGCGUGAUUAUGUCUACUAAUUUUCCUUGUAUGAAAGUUCCAGAAACUGUUAUUCCUUCACAACCUUCAUGUUUGACUUCUUCUCCUCAACCUCCACUUGACUUCACAUUAGAAACUUAAUGUCUAUUGUGAUUUAGAUAUUACUUCCUCUCCACUUCUACCUUUGUAUAUUGUGAUAAUAUUUAUGCCAUUAAGUUAAUUGAUAAUCCAAUUAAUUAAAAGCCUACUGCAUAUGUCGAAAUUGCAAGUUGCACACUACAAGAAAACAUGGCUAUUGAAGCAAAUAAGUAGAGGCAGUUACAGUAAUAGUCUCGAUAGCUAAACUUUGGCAACAAAUAAAUUAUUUGUCUCUCUAUGUCAUAUCAUUUGUCUCUAUUGCAUAAUCUUUAUUUAUAAUUUAUAGGAAAUAAAUUGAAAAAAAUAGCUUUAGAGACAAAUAUAAUAUUUGCUACUAUAUAGUACGUUACUCGAACUAUAAAGAAUCUACUAUAGAUGCAAAUCUAAGUGCUUGUAAUGCUUUGCGAAAGAGAGGCAGAGGGCGGGAUUGAAAUAUUCCAAUUGAACAGUGAAUCACAAUGCGGAGAGCGGGACUUGAAAAUUAUAAACAAAGAGUGGGUAGACGGCCGGGCGGGAUUGAAAUAUUUGAAGUGCCAAAGUUUUGCUUCUUCCAAAAGGUAAACUGUGAAGCCACGUUUAUUUACCCUAAUAGUAGUUUAAAAAAUAUAAUAGUAAUAAAGAGAGAGUCCCUUCAUCUUCAUACUCUCUUCACUACUUAUCCUCUUCCCCGGCGGCCGGCUCCAACAAUGGAUCUCAUGGAGAUGCCAGCGGAGACUAGAAGAAGCUCAAUGUCUAGUACUGGAGGUGGGAAUUGAAGGCCGAUGAACAACCAACGGAUAUGCAUGCCGAUGAGGUAGCAGAAGCAUAACAAUGGUGGUUGUGGCAGAGGCAUCGUGAUGAGCCGACCAGGAUAAAGCGAUGGAGUCUCGCAAGUCAUAACACAAUACUUCAGAGUGCAGAUCGACAAUGACCGCGGUACGUAUUUGGGUAAAAUCAAAUCAGAAUAUUGAGCCUCCUCCUGUAUUGGUGUUUAGGGUUUCUAAUUCCGUCUUUUGGGCGUUUGCUUAUUUCUAGCAUCUUAUGCAAUUUUUAAGGCACGCAGACAUUAGCAUGCUUGGCUCUGGAGACUGGAAUGCUGAAAAUUGAUGAUUUGUCUUUGGAUUUAUAUCAAAAUUUCACUUAACAGUGUGAAUGAUUGAUUGCUUAAAGGUGUUGAGUAGUGACAAUUAAUAAUUUGGAGAUCUCUUCCCAUACGAGUAGGGUUUGUUCUUUCUUUCAAAAAGUAUCCAAUUAAAUCAUGAUUGGUAAGUUCCCUUCUACAAUGGAAUAUAUAGCGUUUUGGGUUCAUUUUCUUGCUUGGUAAUUUAUGGUCUCACGCUCGUGAUUGUCCGUAGAUAUUAAAACUUGAUUGAAUAUAUUAAUUUGGUUUCUUGAUUUUAAGCUACUUGUUCUUUUUGUCCUUGCAGGUUUUGAUUUUCGAGCUUUUCAAAUCUGAUCGAGAUAAUAGUGAUGCUCAAUGAUGAUUGGUGGUGACUAUAGGUGUCAAUCGGGCGGGUUCGGGCGGGUUCGGGUCGGGUUCAGUCGGGUCGCGGGUUAAUCGGGUUGCGGGUCAAACGGGUUGCGGGUUAAUCGGGUUGCUGGUCAAACGGGUUGCGGGUCAAACGGGUUGCGGGUCAAUCGGGUUGCGGGUUGAUCGGGUUCGGGUUGAUCGGGUUGCGGAUCAGUCGGGUUAUGGGUUGAUCGGGUUGCGGAUCAAUCGGGUUCAGGUUGAUCGGAUUGCAGGUUACAACAGGUCGGGUUGCGGGUAGUUCGGUCCACACCAUCGAGUUUUUUUAUAAUUAGUUAUUACACUAUUUUUUUUUAGGGAGUUAUUACACUAAUUUAAAACAAACUCACCGAUCACCAUAUUGCAAUGAAUAAAACAUGAAUGU